AUGCAUGCAGGCCAAGCCCAGACGAUCGACAAAGACGACGACGUUGCCACCAGCAUCGCCACCGCCACUGCCUGUUCUGGUCCGAAUUGCCCCAAGUGCGAGCAGGGCAUGUUGUGGAGCGACUUCAGCGGGCCCCCCUACGACCCGACGUACGGGUGGGGCUGCGUGCACGUAGAGACCUGCAAGAACUGGAAGGGCAAUUGCGGGGCCUAUCGGUGGCACUGCAGCCAGUGCCCAGAGGACCUGUGCAGGAAAUGCAGUGUGUCCGUCCCGGCCCCAGCAGGCGCGGGCCUGAGCGGGGCGGGCGCCGCAUGA